AUGUCGAAGCGCGCGGCGGACAUUGGCCACGAUGGAACUCCCCUCAAAGGCGGCGACCGGCCCGAAAAGAUGGACGUUGACGACAAGGAAAUGGGCGAUUUCGAGGACGAGUUUGAAGACGAAUUCGAGAGCGAAGACGAGAUCAUCGAAGCCGGCGUCGACGGCCGCCCAGACGCCGAGCGCGAAGCCGAGGAGGCUGCGGCCAUGGACGUCGACCAGGGCACCUUCAUCGUCGGCCGGCACAAGCUGGAGCCCGGCCAGGUGCUGACGCCCGACGUGACGACGUACGAGAUGUUGCACAACCUGACGACGCCGUGGCCGUGUCUGUCGUUUGACAUUGUGCCCGACGGCCUGGGCGACAACCGCAAGGCAUACCCGGCGACCAUGUACACCGUCACCGGCACACAGGCCGACUACAAGAAGAGCAACGACAACCAGCUCUUGGUAAUCAAGUUCUCGGGCCUCUCCCGGAUGAACAAGGACGGCGCGGACUCGGAUUCCGACGACGACGACGAGGACGCCGAGCCCAUCCUCGAGUCCAAGAGCAUCCCGCUGACGUCGACGACGAACCGCAUCCGCACGCACCAGGUGCCCGCAUCCGAGCCCGGCCGCGCGCCGACCACGCUCACCGCCACCAUGACCGAGUCGACCAACGUCUUCAUCCACGACGUGACGCCGCACCUCGCCUCGUUCGACACGCCCGGCACCACCAUCACGCCCGCCCAGAACAAGCCGCUGUCGACGAUCCGCGCGCACAAGUCCGAGGGCUACGCGCUCGACUGGUCGCCGCACCACCCCCUCGGCAAGCUGCUGACGGGCGACAACGACGGGCUCAUCUACCAGACGACGCGCACCGACGGCGGCGGCUGGGUCACUGACAGCCGCCCGUUUGCGGGGCACACCUCGAGCGUCGAGGACAUGCAGUGGUCGCCGAGCGAGCAGUCCGUGUUCGCGUCGUGCUCGGCCGACGGCAGCGUGCGCAUCUGGGACGUGCGCUCGAAAACGCGCGCGCCCGCGCUCACAGUCCAGGUGUCCAACUACGACGUCAACGUCCUCUCGUGGUCGCGGCAGACGUCGCACCUGCUCAGCACCGGCGCCGACGACGGCACGUGGGGCGUGUGGGACCUGCGGCAGUGGAAGGCCGGCGGCAACGACAAGCCGCAGCCGCUGGCCAGCUUUGACUUUCACAAGGAGCAGGUGACGAGCGUCGAGUGGCACCCGACGGACGACUCCAUCGUGGCCGUCGCGGCCGCCGACGACACGGUCACGCUGUGGGAUCUGGCCGUGGAGCUGGACGACGAGGAGAGCAGGGAUACGGCGGGCGUCAAGGACGUGCCGCCGCAGCUGCUGUUUGUGCACUACUUGAAGGGAGUCAAGGAGCUGCACUGGCACCCGCAGAUCCCGGGCAGCCUGGUGGCGACGGGCGAGGAGUUUUCCAUUUUCCGCACCAUUAGCGUUUAA